AUGGCAGGGGUUCCUGCUUCUGCGGCAGUCGCCAGCUCCAGACGCCAUCCAGGUUCCAUCUCCCCAAGUGAAGCCGGCCCUGAUCGUCUGUCGCAACAGCCUAAUGCGCCCAAGGACUCAGCAGGAGCCAUCACUAUCCCCGCACCAUCGUCAUCCCCAGUAUGCAGCCUGCGGCGGAGUAAUGGCAUUGGGCGGAAUACCACCUUCCUAUGGAUGUUGCUGCUCACCACCACUGUUGGUAUUGAGGCGGCUGCACCACCACCGCCACCGAUCAGCUUGGCCUGCGGGAAUGACAUUCACAUCCUUUACGGGGGUGCAGAUAUCACCACUGCUGCCGAUGUACCUGUGCCUUUCCGUGCGUCUGAUACAGGCAGUGUGGCCAUCAAUCAACCUCCAUCCCCAACACCACCCAGACCUCCAUCCCCAACACCACCCAGACCUCCCUCCCCAACACCACCAUCCCCACCACCACCGCCGAGCCCUCCCCCCCAACCACCACCCAGCGCGCCCUCUCCACCACCACCGCCGAGCCCUUCCCCCCCACCACCACCCAGCGCGCCCUCUCCACCACCACCGCCGAGCCCUCCCCCCCCACCACCACCCAGCCCGCCCACUCCACCACGACCAAUGCCUCCACCACCACCACCACCACCUCCACCACAGUCGUCACCACCUCCACCACAGUCGUCACCACCUCCACCACAGUCGUCACCACCUCCACCACAGUUGUCACCACCUCCACCACAGUCGUCACCACCUCCACCACAGUCGUCACCACCUCCCACAUCUCCAGCACCAUCCUCAUUCCUUCCCCCUGCAAAUAUGCCUUCUCCACCGCCACCUGCAUCCCAGCUCCCAUCCAGUCCUCCACCUCCGUCUCUUUUCAGCCCUCCACCUUCUUCUUCUUCCCCUGUCCAGCUUCCGUCACCCAUGCCAAUAAUGUUACCACCGUCGCCGCCGCCGCCAGUGCCUCCUGUAUCAAAACCCCCAAGCCCGCCAUUACCCACUGCAUCAACACCUCCAUCCUCAGUCUCCAGCCACCCGGCCGCCUCCACGCCGACGUCCUCCCACCAAGUCCCCCAAGCCCCCCAAGCCCCCCAGGGCUGUCAAACCCCGGCCCUCAGCAGCUCUUCGGGCACUGGUAGCUCGUGCACCUCAAAGACCGUUGACAAGAUCGCUUUCAUUCUCGCCCGACCGGCUGCACACAACCCAAACGCCCGUCCAACACCAAUACGAUGGCCCAGCCACACCAAGGCAUGCUAG